CUCCACGAGUCGUUAUUGAGUUUCUUUGUAGAUCGGUUAACAUAAACCAGGCGCGCUGGAGCCGUUUACGCGUUCUCUGUUUUUCUCUCUGACUCUUUCUAAAAGCUGCAAAAAUUACGUCCUUAAAAAAUAAAGAAGCUCAGUCUGAAGCUUCUGUGGAGGGCAGUAGCUCGACUGUCUUCUUCAGCCAAAGUCCAGAGGCUGCUCGUGUGAUACGCAGGACAUUCAAUUUCAACGCCGAACCGCCGUGGGAUCCAAGCUAGUAUUUACCAAAAGCAGGCGUUUCCUUGGGCCAGAUUGCUGGUACAACCCCAACUUGUUAUUUUUGUCUAGAGGUUUAUAUAUUAUUUUCAAUCAAUCAAUAUGAAGCACAAGUUUUCACCUAUCUCUUCUGUUGAAAUCAUUGCUGACCCCAUGCCCUGCAUGACUCAGCUUAUUCAAGAUAAGAUUGUAGCACUUGAAGCGAGGGGCUCUGAAGAUGCAUUUUGUGUGUGUGAUGUUGGAGAUGUAGUUAAGAAGUACAGAGCAUGGAAAGAACUACUUCCAAGAGUGGAACCAUUUUAUGCAUGCAAGUGUAACACUGAUGAAGUGGUUGUCAAGACGCUUGCAGAUCUUGGCGCAGGAUUUGAUUGUGCCAGCAAGGGAGAAAUAUCUCUGAUCCUGAAGCAGGGAGUACCACCAGAGCGCAUUAUUUAUGCCAAUCCAUGCAAGCAGAAAUCUUUCAUAAAAUAUGCAGCUAAACACAAUGUGGACAUGAUGACAUUUGACAAUGAAAUGGAACUUGUCAAGAUUAAAGAGGUUUAUCCCAAUGCCAAGCUUGUGUUGCGCAUUCUGCCAACUUCUCAAGUCAAAGUGCAAUGCCAGUUGGGAAACAAAUUUGGUUGUCACCCAACUAAUGUCUCAAAACUGGUUGCCAAAGCCAAAGAGCUUGAACUGGAUGUCAUGGGCAUUAGCUUUCAUUGUGGCAGUGGUGUUCAAGAAGCCAGAGCUUUUUCUUUAGCAGUCAAGCAAGCUUAUGAUGCCUGGCAAAUCUGUGUCCAGAUGGGAUUUAACAUGACCUUGCUGGAUAUUGGUGGUGGAUUCCCAGGCCAGAAGUCUGCUCCAAUCUCAUUCCCAGAGAUUGCUACCAUUUUGAAUGAUGCAUUGGACACUUACUUCCCACCUGAGAAGGGAGUCCGUAUCAUCAGUGAGCCUGGAAGAUACUUUGUUGCAUCUGCUUAUACACUAGCUGCCAACAUUAUUGCUAAGAGAACUGUGUCCAGAGACAGCUCAGAUGCUGAUGGUUGCUCUGAAGUGACCAAGAAUGACGAGCCCUCGCACAUGUACUAUGUCAACGAUGGUGUCUAUGGUUCCUUCAACUGUAUCUUGUACGAUCAUGCUCAUGCUGAAGCACAUGUUUUCUCUGACUCCCCUCUCAGAUUUACUUCAUCUGUAUGGGGCCCAACAUGUGAUGGACUUGAUUGCAUCAUAAAGGAAUGUCGUCUGCCUGAGAUGGAGGUUGGUCAGUGGAUGUAUUUUCCUGAUAUGGGUGCCUACACCAUUGCUGCUGGAUCCACUUUCAAUGGAAUGCCCAGACCAUCCAUCAAUUACAUAUGUAGUCAAGAUAUCUGGGAUGAAAUCUACCCUGAACAUUGCUCAGCCAAGAGACGAUGUGAAAGUGUCUCUUCUGAAAUGGAUUAUCCAAGCAUGAUGGCUGCUGGACCUGAUGUCAUGUCACUCCGUCAUGCAGCCAACUCCAUCUCUUGCAUUGAGGAUGAAUUAGUCUUGGCCUAGACAUGUCAGCAUUGAAACCUUCAGCUCUCUAUUAAUUUUUUUGCAUGUUUUUUUGUUUACAUGUUUUCAUUGUUCUUUAAAUCUUCUGUUACUAUGCUACAUAGCAUCACAAUUGUCAAGGACCUAAAAUCUGUGCUGUUUUGGCACAUUCAUUUUGUGCUGGGGACCAAUCCUUGUUAGCACACAGAAAUCAUUUUGGUUAUUGUACUAUUCAGUCUACAUAGUAACUAGAUUUUUUGUUAACUUUUAAAAACAUUUUAUAUUUCAUUACUUAUAGUUUAACUAGAUUUUUUCUUGUGUUUCUAAAGAUGUGUCAUUGUUUGUGAUGUCUUUUUUCUUGAUGUUUAGUGACAGGUUUAGUUGAUCACUCUUUAGUUUUCUUGGGAGGGGCAUUUUCAAGUGGUUGGGUUUUUUUUUUUUAGUUUAACAAGUUGGGGAUGUACUUGCAGUGGGGAACGCCUGCAAAUCCUUCUGUUGGCCGUCUAUGUAUUUGUACAAACUGCAUGUCAUUGUUUGUUUUGUCAAUAAAAUUAUUUUAAUAAUUAA